AAUGGUGGCCAUUCGUAAUGUUCGGUAGACGGGAUUGCGUUGAGGAGAAAGGCCCUCAUUACAAAGCUAUCAUGAGGAAGGGUGAUAGACUCAACAUCCUUCGGCAACACUUCAAUAAGCCAGAACAGCGCAUCUGCACCACGUAUGGGAAGGUCGAGAGUCAACGAACGUAACGAAUGACAAAUGGCGACUGGGGGAUUGCGGAGGAACGGGAUCCUAAUAUCAUCUGCAUAUAGGUACUUGUACAUCCUAUGAAACGAUAUAUCGAGAACGAACUCUUCCAGGUUCGGCGCUGAUAUGGUUUUCAGAGUUACGAGUAGAUUUUCAGUGACAUGUCCAUAACCCGUCACUAGCAGCGAACGUAGAUUGGACAUGACAACUGUCCGUAUAACAUUAGCUCCCAAGAAGAUGAAAGAAUUUCGAUGAAGGGUGAGAUGUGUGAGAGCAUGGAAAUUCAGUAACACAUUGCAAAAUGUGUCAUAUCCGCCGCAGUCUGUGGACAUAACCAGGGAGGACAGAUUAUUUCUGUGGACGGGAAUUGCGAGAGACGUUGGAAGGAUAUUGGUAACAUUCAAUGAUGUUAAUCUAGGAACGCCACCUGCUAGCAGUAACAGAGGGUGCGAACCGUUAUCAUGAGGUAUGUCGAGGGAGAUAUGUUGCAGAUUUGGGGCAUGCAGCGCUCCAAAUCUAGAAAGUAAAUGAUCUAUAUCCUGGUCGGCCUUGAUCGUCAGCCUAUGCCAGCGAUCGAUGCACCAUAAGGCUUCUUCAGCCAUGUUAUUG